AUGUCAAGGCCAGCUCAGAGCUCGAGCCAUAGCGGUCAUGACGCCGCCCUGGUUCUGGCAACUCCAGGCUUCACCAAGUUCGCUGCGGAUGAUGACAUCUGCAAGGCCCUAGCGCUGAACCUCGCCCCAAGCACAGGCAAAGUCGAUCAGUUCAACCUGCUGUUUGGUAUAGUUGACGCGGUGGCAUGCGCACCACAUACCCGCCGAGACUGUGAGGGUGUUGCUCUCAUGCGAGGCUCCCUGGACAGCUGCUGCCCACAGCUGUGGGAAUCGUCCGGAGCCCGAACACCAGGCAACAAGCAUGACAUGGGCUCAAUUGGCUUCCAUAUUGAGGGUGUCUCGACAGUCACCAUGCCUCUGGCUCGCACCACGUUCCGCAAUGGGCUGUCGUCGACUUUGGUCGCGCUGCGAUACCAACUUGGCUCAGAUGGACCGAAGCUCAUUGAACGCAGAAGCGUUCUCAGCAGGGAUGUAUUGCUCCCCAGGACGGAGCUUGCUACGGAAGACAGUAAGCACUUACGCUUGGCUCUCCAAGCCGUCACACCCCCGAGGAAGAUUGCUGAGAGCUUUGGCAAUAUUUUGCGUCGCGUGGAGGUGGACGGCAAGUCUGUUCCGGCGUCGACGGAACUUGAAAAGGCCAUCAACAGUUCCCAAGAUCAUAUCGACGCCCGCAAUAGUCUGAGUGAUGGUGGAUUCCCCGGCAUAUGGGUGAUGGUCAGUCCUGCCUCUCGCGGAGGAGUUGGGGAGCGCCCGUGGACCGUCGAUUCGAGGACUGUGAAUGCCAAGACCAAAAGACCCAUGCCGCUUGAAACCAUCCAACAAGGCCUUCAGAAUGGCGGCCGUCUGUUCAAAUUAUUGAGCGGAGGCGGUGGUUGGGGCGACAAGGCAGGCCUCCUAUCUCUCGACCCGGACACCUCUCCACUGCCACCUACGGAAGAGGAGCAAUUCGCCAAUCUAUUUGGCUCUGACGACGGGACCAGUAGCUUUGCGCCGGUGGGAGCUGAGGUUCAGUUUUUCAUGCCGGACGCGGGCUCAUAUUCAGAUCCUGCCGUUGCCGUCGGCGCCGACCUAUCUCACGCCCUUACGUUUGGUGUUGUCGAUGAUUUACCACCGCCUGAACUGAGGGAUGACAACGGGUCCGAGAUUCAAAUCACCCAAGGUGUAUUUGGAGUAUCGUCAGAACAAGAGUUCUUUGUCGCAGAUCCCCAAGGCCAACCCUUCAAGGUCAACAUGCCCGGUUCUCUGCUCAAUCUGCCCUAUGGAGCUGGAGGCAGCCCCUGA